AUGGACGAAGAACUUAAAAAAAUUGCUAGAAAAAAUAAAUACAAAUAAUUUAAUUAAGCCCUUAUUAAUGAUAAUCCUUAUUUCAGAAAAUCAUAUUAAGCAUAAAAUACUAACAAUACAAAACUUUUGGGAAUAAACUCUCUUGCUUCAAGUACUCAUUCGCAUAAUUCUUCCGAAUAAGGUAUCAGAAUGUCAAA